AGCUGCCUUUGCUGCAGUGUUGCACUGGAGCCACUUAACACACCUGUUCGAAAACGACCGUCACUUUUCUCACCUCUCGACGCUGGAGCGGGAGAUGGCCUUUCGCACGGAGAUGGGAUUAUAUUAUUCCUACUUCAAGACUAUUGUGGAAGCCCCCUCAUUUUUUAGCGGGGUGUGGAUGAUUAUGAAUGAUAAGCUGACUGAAUACCCCCUUGUUAUUAAUACAUUGAAAAGGUUCAAUCUCUACCCCGAGGUCAUCUUAGCCAGCUGGUACCGAAUUUAUACCAAAAUAAUGGAUUUUAUUGGUAUUCAAACCAAGAUCUGUUGGACGGUUACCAGAGGAGAAGGACUCAGUCCAAUUGAAAGCUGUGAAGGAUUGGGAGAUCCUGCUUGCUUUUAUGUUGCUGUAAUUUUUCUUUUAAAUGGACUGAUGAUGGCAUUAUUCUUCAUUUAUGGCACAUACUUAAGCGGCAGCCGGCUGGGGGGCCUGGUCACGGUGCUGUGCUUCUUCUUCAACCACGGAGAGUGCACCCGGGUGAUGUGGACGCCGCCCCUCCGCGAGAGCUUCUCGUACCCCUUCCUCGCGCUGCAGAUGUUGCUCGUGACUCACAUUCUCAGGGCCACGAGGCUCUGCAGGGGGAGCCUGACCGCGCUCUGCAUCUCCAACGUGUUCUUCAUGCUCCCCUGGCAGUUCGCGCAGUUCGCGCUGCUCACGCAGAUUGCAUCAUUAUUCACAGUAUAUGUUGUGGGAUACAUUGACAUAUGCAAAUUACGGAAGAUCAUUUAUAUACACAUGAUUUCUCUUGCACUUUGUUUUGUUUUGAUGUUUGGAAACUCAAUGUUAUUAACUUCUUAUUAUGCUUCCUCUUUGGUGAUUAUUUGGGGUGCACUGGCAUUGAAACCACAUUUCCUGAAAAUAAAUGUGUCUGAACUUAGUUUAUGGGUCAUCCAAGGAUGUUUUUGGUUAUUUGGAACUGUCAUACUAAAGUAUUUGACAUCUAAAAUCUUUGGCAUUGCAGAUGAUGCUCAUAUUGGCAACUUACUAACGUCAAAAUUCUUCAGUUACAAGGAUUUUGAUACUUUAUUGUAUACCUGUGCUGCGGAGUUUGACUUUAUGGAAAAGGAGACCCCCCUGCGGUACACGAAGACGCUGUUGCUUCCCGUCGUCCUCGUCGUGUUUGUUGCAAUUGUCAGGAAGAUUAUUAGUGACAUGUGGGGUGUCUUAACUAAACAGCAGACACAUAUAAGAAAACACCAGUUUGAUCACGGAGAGCUGGUUUACCACGCGUUGCAGCUGAUAGCGUAUACGGCCCUCGGCGUUCUGAUUAUGAGGCUGAAACUCUUUCUGACGCCGCACAUGUGUGUGAUGGCUUCCCUAAUCUGCUCCAGACAGCUGUUUGGAUGGCUCUUCUGCAAAGUGCAUCCUGGUGCGGUGGUUGUUGCUCUGUUAGCAGCGAUGUCCAUACAGGGCUCAGCGAAUCUGCAGGCCCAGUGGAACAUCGUGGGGGAGUUCAGCAACUUGCCGCAAGAGGAACUUAUAGAAUGGAUCAAAUACAGUACUAAACCAGACGCAGUGUUUGCGGGCGCCAUGCCCACGAUGGCCAGUGUGAAGCUGUCGGCGCUUCGGCCUGUUGUGAACCAUCCGCAUUACGAAGAUGCCGGCUUGAGAGCCAGAACAAAAAUCGUAUACUCGAUGUAUAGUCGAAAAGCAGCUGAAGAAGUGAAGAGGGAAUUGAUCAAGUUACAGGUGAAUUAUUACAUUCUAGAAGAGUCCUGGUGUGUGAGAAGAUCCAAGCCCGGUUGCAGUAUGCCUGAGAUCUGGGAUGUGGAAGAUCCCGCCAAUGCUGGGAAACCGCCCUUGUGUAACCUCCUGGUGAAGGAUUCCGAGCCCCACUUCACCACCGUGUUCCAGAACAGUGUUUACAAAGUCCUCGAAGUUAUAGAAGAAUGACCUCGGCCUACAGAAAACGGCAUCGCAGAUGGUUUUAAUGUUUUGCUAAUAACUCAUGCCUUCUUUUUAAUCAGAUCCCAAAAACGUUUAUAGCUAACUGUUUUCAAAUAGAAAAUGUUUUAUUUGGUUGAUUUGAAUGUCAUUCUGAUUGUAAAACUAUGUAUACCAUUUUCAAUUGGGUACUAUUUCAAUGCACCCCUUAAAAUUUGCUAUGCAAAUGAGUAUAUGCUUGUAUUUGACCUAAUUAUUUGUGCUAAAAUAAGCAAAGCUACUUGUAUACAAGAUAUAAUGGGUCAUGACAAGGAUGUUGUGAAAAUCUAGUCAGUUCUGAGCUGCACAGGGGCUGCUCUGACAGUUUACAGACUGUUAAUGCCCAUUGCUUUUGAUUCUGCCUCUUGCUCUCAUCUUUGGGACAUUCCAAGGAUUAUUGUGAGCUCCUCAGUCAUGUUGGUCCCUGUCAUCAAGUGUAGAUGGCGUGGCCAUGGCUGUUUGCUAUGUGGAAUGAUCUGUUUACGUUCCUUCACGUUCUUUUGUUCUCUGUUGCUCUUGUUAACUAAGCAUUUCCUGCCCAUUAUUAAUCCAGACUCCUAGACCUAGUGGUCAGGUCCAAAUUCCUGUACCAAC